AUGGUCACUUGCGGCAGCCUCGGAGGGCCCUGGCUGCUGUCGCGUGAGUGCCCGCCCACCACUCCCUCACCUAUGGGCCCCUCGCCCGCCCCCCUCUCAAUCCACCUCUUGACUCUCCUGCACGGCAGUGAUUUCGGCAGAGCAUUCAACGAGUACGCCCUGCAUGUACUGGAGCUGGUCUACUGGAUGGCUGCCGAUGAGCAGCAGCAACAGUAUCUCGUGUAUGGCUUCGAGAUUGCAUCGCUGCCUGUCGCCCAGCUGGCUGCCACCCCUUUGCAGCUGCAGAGGGCCAACAGGGGAAGGGGGAGGCGUGACACCGGGUUGGGAGCUCCUGCGAUGGUGCGCUAGGAGAAAGGGAGGGGCGGUGUUGGUUGACUGUGUCUCCCUUUUCAGGCUAAGCGCCUCCGUCCAUUCUUCGAUGGACGUGCAUGCCCAGAUAUGUGAGACCCCUUGUGGGCCACGCUGCCGUAACUCAUUCAAGAGGGGUGUGUCUCCGUGUAUGCGUGUAUAUGCAGCAUCACUGUACAGUCCAUUCGUGCGAAUCGGAAGCCCUUCAUCACCGACAUGAAAGCAGCCAUGGCCCAGGGGCGGCAGGUGUCCUUACACCUUCUUUGCCGCGUGGAGGGGGAGGAGGCUCCCCUUCCCGUCACUCUCUCGCUGCACGUGUUCUUCGCGGAGGUAAGCGAGAAAGAGAUGGACGCCAUCGAUGGGCGAUGUUAAAUGAAGCAUGGGACCACCCUGUUUGUCUCAGGUCGAUCUGCGGAGCUCCUGGCAGUCGCAGCGGCGCUCCUAUAGCCUCUUCUCCACACCGAUGUACCAGCGUAAAUACCGACGCAUAAAGUCGGUGGGUUGCACAUGACAUUUUUUACUACGUCCAGCAUUGAUUGAGGGUGUUUUCACCGACACGUCCUUCGUCAGCGAAGCGUCUCGUGUCAGCGUCAGUCCACCCACCACUACAACCACCAGCGACAGGAGGCGUGCGUGGCGGUCCCGUGUCAAGUUGGACCGCAUUCCGUGGGCUCGUCCGAUGGCUGCGUCGCCGGCGGAUCCCGUCAGCGCCCAAAGCAAAGGGGGAGGCACCGACGAGAUCCACCUUGUCCUGGGCAAGCAGGCUUUUGGAGCAAUAGGGUGAGAUCUGGGCGAACAAAGCCUUGCAGGUGUGACUGUCUUUUAUCCCUCCAGUCAGCAGGUGGCGAGCGCGGUCCGCGGUGGCGACUUCAUUGCAGGGUCGGCCAAUGGCAAACAAUCAAUGCUCUUGCCGCUUAUCCAUACCUAUUCUGCUGUGUCGACACGCACACAGGUGUCGUCAUCUGCUGUCUCUGGCUGCCUUCUUCGACCGCAGCAUCGCUGACGGCCUCAGGGCGGACCUGAGAGCUUUUCUGCAGUCAGUCCGUCAGUCGACAGAGGAAAGCAAUACACAGAAUGCUUCGUUUGUCUGUUUUCACAUACAGCGACCCUCAAGUUGCCUUCCUUGAUCGGCUGGUGGGCCUGUGUGUCUGUUUGAGGCGCCUGCGGCACUUUGUCGACGCACAUGCAGGUAACGAGCAUAGAUAGACAGACAGGCGUUCACACAGGGCUGCUUGUUAUCAUGACUCGUCUGACGUGCUCGGUCGUGUCGUCAGCUGAGCGCGACAAGCUGAGCGAUCCAUCACUGAAGCAGUCGCUGCACAAUUUUGUAUGUAUACACAACACAUAUGCCCAAUACAAGCGACUUGUGCGCCAAAGCUGGCCCGGCGGCCGGAAGGCCAGCCUUGCAGCCGCAGAGCUGGCCCUGCGGCCGCAGGGCCAGCCUUGCAGACACAGGGCCAGCCUUGGCGCACAAGUCGCGCCUACUGCAGACACAUGAUGAGGAUGUGAUUCGACUGCCUGCUUUACUGUGAUUUGCCUUUUUCGCAGGGUUCUUCCCUGCUUGACGCGUUGACUGGGCAGCUAUCAGCCUGGCUUGCUGACGAUGCGUCACUCGGCCCCCUGGCUCAUUUCAUGCGGCCGCUGCUGCUUCGCUCGGUGGAGACGUUGAAGCUUAGCGCUCAGUCGCCGGCCCGCUCGCGUAUGCAAGCUGUGAGCGAGACAGGGAUGGAUCACUCAUUGCUCUGUGUGUCUCUGUGUCUCUGCCAAUGCAUGUAGCCAUUCCGUCUGCAUCGCCAGUGAAGGCGGGGAGUCCCACGCGCCAAAAUGACGCGAGGACAACGGUGAUGGAUCGGGUUUCUACCGAUCAUCUGCAGGAGGUGUCAAUUCUGCUGGGUGUGUGCCGCGCGGCAACCGCAGGCCAAGCAGCAAGAUGCUUCACACGGUCAGCCUGCGACUGAAUGCUGCUGCCGAUUGAUUGACUCGUGUCUGUGUCCCCGUGUAAGUUACAGCCGGACCGCGGCGGUGCUUGCAGAUGUGUGUGGACUAGAGUCGGCCGAACAGCUCUAUGCAAUGGUUUAUGCGACACAAUACUUCACUGCAGACACUGCAGACGAGGGCGGGGAAGGAACAGCUUUCGAUGCGCAAGCGACCGGGACGCCGUCUGACGCCAGCUUUCCUCCAAAUCUGAAGAAAUACGCUGCCAAAAUGGAGGUUGGUCGUGUUUAUACUUAGAAACGUUAAACGACCUCUCUCUCUCCCUGAGCGUUGCGUCUUUGUGUGUAUGUGCGGCAGUAUGUGAGCCGCUGUCGGCUAGACUUGCUGUUGAAGAAUUCGCUGCUGCCCUACUGUCUAUGCAGACCUCUGCCGCCGCCCCAGGCCUUUAUACCCGCUAUCAUGCGGUCGGCAGGCAUAGACUUGGUCUCAUGUGUCUGUCCAUAUUGUGUGUGUCUCGCUUUGUGUGUGUUUGCAGGGGGCUUCACUUUGAGAGAUUGCGAUUCUUGGCGGGCAGGCCGCUUGUUGAGACACCACAAGAAGUGCUAGACAACAUUAAAGGUGCGCAGACCGCCUCCACAUCUUGCCCUCAUUACUCUCUGUCUGUCAUCCAGACACGAUUCAGGUCGACACGCUUCCGUCGGGUGCACUCACAGUGUCCCUGGCCAAGCAUUCGUCAUCCGAUGGCAAAGACACAGACUUGACAGGAGGUCCUCCGACCAUGGAGAUGAUUGUAUUGUACUGUCCCCGAGUGCCCCGGGAGCUGCUCGCGUGGCUGCAGCCAGGCAGCCUCAGAUUCCUGGUCAAUCAGCUGCUGGACCCCCUCAAGAGAUUCACACCCGUGCCCUACAAUCACGCCAACGUCCUGAACGUACGCGGGUGUGUGAGGUCCUGUCAAACACAAGCGACACAGUGUGACUGACGUGUAUGACUCAGAUGUAUUGGUCUAUCGGAGGUCACUCGCUCGCUGUGGCGGUGCAGCAGAUGGCAUCUGUGAGGGAGAGAUCGGCUUACGAUGGUGUCCCCCCCUCUCCCACACAGAUGCACGCACACCUUUCGGCAAGCUAGGAGGACAUGCUCACUGUGCCCACACAUUUCCCUCUCCACCUCUUUCUUUCUUCCUGUGUGUGUAAAGGUCACGGGUCCGUCCGCCCCCUCGGACGAGUUCGCCAAGACGGUGACUGACAUGGCUGUGUGGCUCACUCACCGCCUGCACUGGCCUCUCAUCGCAAUACACCUCAGCAACCAACACUGCCCCAAAUGUACGCUGGACCACAGCCGCAAGCGUGUUGCCAUGCAUCCCUUGCGGUCCAUUCAGUAUUUGUGCACGAGGUGCCGGGACUCACCGCGGGCAAGAGGACCCAUCGCACAUCAGACAAGGCCGAGCGUGUCGCAGCGGCCAUCCGCCAGUCCGUCUGGGCCAUCUUCGAGCUGGUCGUGCCUCUGAAAAGCACCCAAGAGGACUCAGCCUGGUGUCCGACGGCAGAUGCCCCCCCGACUGGCUAUACCCACCUGCUCAUCGCUGUCACCCACCAGGAGCAGCACUCCGCGCCUUUCCAGCUGUACGCGUCACCCAGCCAUCCGUUCCUUCCCCUGCCAUGCUCAUCGGCGGCAACAACAGCAUCGCCCCUGGUGCCCGUCCCGCUGGAGUAUGUUGCUGGGUCAGUUGUGACGCGCCGACCGCUGUUCCGCGGAGUGGGUGUGCGUGGUUUAGGGGUUGAGGAGAUGCGCGCAGCGGUUCAGAGGGCGUUCAACGAGGCGGCGGGUGGAAGGGAGGAGGUAGAUUGGAGAGUCAGGUGCGUGCCACUGGUCCCCCUGUCUCUCUCUAUGCAAGUGGUGUCUCGUGUGUCCUUUGUGUGCAAUAAAUAGGAUGGGUGUGUGGUUCUAUGGCACGAGGGCGGCAGAGUCGACUCGGCUGGCAGCCGCGCUCGCAGUGCUUCUUAACAUCACCAACCACAAGUAGGCAGACACGACCAGAGACGUCGCCACUGCAUGAUGAAGCCGAGCAUGUGUGUGUCUCUCUGUCCCUCCCAACACCGUGCAGGCUAUACACACCCCCAUCGACACCCCUGCCCUGGCACGUCAUGGGUGUCGAUGACGCGUGGCGGUGGGCCCUCACCCAGACAAAGAGAUUUCUCAACAGAAACAUGAUGCCGCCUUGCCUCUUCACGGCGGCCAGACAAGCGGUCGUUAUGGUACAUACACCCAUCUAUGGAUUCAUCCAUGUGUGUGGAUGCGCGUACAAUCAGUGCGAUGAGCUCUUUGCUGCUCGUGCGGGUGUGCCGACGGCUGAAAGUGAGCUGAGCGAGUGGCUGGAGGGAGCGCGGCAAGUUGCCACCGUCGUCUACAUGGCAGGUGGGGCGGGAGAGACACACACUCAGCACAAAGAGAGUACGCAAACGUGGUUGCGGUGGUUGGUGUCUGUGGUUCUAUCGGCCAGCUCAUGUUGAUACGGCCGCGGUGCUGGCGGGACACAGUGAUGAACGCACACACGGAUACACAGAACCGUUGUUUUGAGAAACUCUGUCCAGGUCUGGCUGGCUGGCUGGCUGUCUGCAAAUGCACGUGUCUCCACAGCAUCCAUGCACACAGCUAUGCUCGCAUCGUGUCGUUGUCGAUGUACGUAUACGAUACCUACACACACAUGGUCACUGAGCCAGCCGCCCCGUCUGUCGCCCAUGUCUUUGUAGCUUGUGGAACUGAAACACUUGUGCUUGUGCGUAUGUAAAUGACUUCACGCGCACACUCAACCUAG